GAUACGGGCUACAGGUGGAGCGUGCAGACGUGCGGGUCGCUGAUACGGGCCCACGGCUAUGCGAAGGACCUGUCCGGCGUCUGGGCCUGCUGGGAGUCCCUCCUGUCGCGGGGCGAGCAGCCCACGACGGUGACAACAGGUUGCAUGGUUGAACAGCUUGUGCUGAACAACAAGGUGGAGGAGGCCCACCGCGUGAUCCGCUACCUGGACAGCAGGGGUUUCACCGACAGUAUCAAU